CAACCAUUCUGACCAUGGAGAUUAUUGCAGGACACUGGAUUGAACCGGUAAUUGUCAUUGUUACAAAUAUACAUUCGAAGCUGUCAUGAAUAGAUUGCAACUCUUUAGUAUCAUCCUUUCAUCAAAGUGCAAUCAAUACACAUAACCACUCCAUACUAUCGUGUUGAUGUGGCGGUGCAUAUCGUGGCUGGACUGUGGCUUCAGACCGCCUCCGCCUUUCUCCUCUCAGGCUCUCAGGCUCUCAGGCGUCAUGCAUUGCCAUCAUCGUCCAUCACUUUCUUGCCCACUUUUCUUCCUUCUUCUUCUUCUUCCCUUGUUCCACCCACCUCAACCCAUCUUCCUUUCCCUUCCUCGAUCCCUUUGCAUUCGACUUCUGUUCAUAAUUCCCUGUUCCGAGUCACAUCGUCCCUCUAACCUUCUCCUUCCGUAUUUCCCCACCUUGGUUAGCUAGUUGCUGUGUCUGUGGUCCUCUCUGGUGGCGCAAGAUGAAGCUCACUUUCAAGGUACCCC